GGUCCAGCCGGAGAGAGCUGGAGUAUGUUCAUAAUAAAGACGUCACCCUCCGCUUUGACCGUGCCAACCAAGUGCGCAGCUCUUAACUGUACAACUACAACCUCGACAUGCUUAUGGACGACCGAGGAAUCCUUGCAUCCCCUGCCCUCGUCAACACAAACAUGCUGGCAUCUGCACUGUCUGGGUAGCCUGGACGGCGUUUUUCACUACACGACGUUUUGAGCACGCGGAGAUCUUUGCUGCGCACUUAGGAUUUAAAGGAAGGAGGGACUCUUAAGGUGAGGUUGAUGAUGGACCAGGUGUCAGGUCCAGGGUCUUGUACAUCAAAGCCCCCCCGCAGUCUGCUGGAAUGGAAGAAAAGAGUCAAGUCAGAGUAUAUGAGGUUACGACAGCUGAAACGCUUUCGUAAAGCUGAGGAAGUUAAGGCUCUGUUCCUGUCUAAUCGGUGUAAAAUUGAAGGAAGGACUGAACUCCUGAAUGAGGAAUGGUCUAAGCUCCGAAUCCAGUCCAUCCCUCUGUCCAAGCCAAGUGGCUCUAUGCCCAGCAAAAAGUUGUGCAAUGUAGAGUUUGGCUCUCCGUCCUUUCCGAUCCAGUCAGCUGCCAUGCGUCCCUUGACAACUGUUGCUGGGAUACCAUUCAUGUACUCCUGGUCCCCUUUGCAGCAGAACUUUAUGGUGGAAGAUGAGACAUUUCUGCAUAAUAUCCCCUAUAUGGGAGAUGAGGUGUUGGAACAGGAUGAGGCUUUCCUGGAGGAGCUGAUUGAUAACUAUGAUGGGGUGCAUGGAGACAGAGAUGGUGGCUUCAUAAAUGACGAGAUCUUUAAGGAGCUCGUGGAGGCACUGAGCCAGUACUCAGACCCAGAGGAAGAGGAGGAGGAUGAGCCCAAAGAGGGACCAGAGAGUAAGGAGGAGGAAAAGAGAGGGACAAAGAAAAGCACAACAGAGGAGCCAGAGGAAUUAAAAGUGGGCUUAAUUAAGAGGAAGAGGAGGAGCAGUGCUGAAGGAAGAGAGCUCUCCUCCAAUAAGAUUCCUCAUGACAAGAUCUUCACUGCUAUAGCAUCCAUUUUUCCGUACAAAGGCACCAUGGAGGAGCUGAAGGACAAGUAUAAAGAUCUCCUGGAGCCAUCAAGCCCUGUGAAGUUGCCUCCACUUUGUACACCCAACAUGGAUGGCCCCUUUGCCAAAUCUGUUCAGAGGGAGCAAAGUCUGCACUCCUUUCACACACUCUUCUGUCGUCGCUGCUUCAAAUACGACUGUUUCCUUCAUCCAUUCCAUGCAUCUCCUAAUGUGUACAAGAGGAAGAAUAAAGAGAUCAGAAUGGAGACAGAACCCUGUGGACUCGAUUGCUUUCUUUUGCAGAAAGGAGCAAAAGAGUUUGCUGAUCAGAACAUGCUAAAGUCGCAAAGGUCUCGUCGGCGUCGGCGACAGCCUCGCCCCUCAAGUUCAUGUGGCCCCACCCUCUCAGGCUCAGGUGAAGAGGGAAAAGAAGGAGAGAGUGACCACGAGACAACCAGCUCCUCAGAGGGUAAUUCUAGGUGUCCCAGCCCCACUAAAAUGAGACCAGGAGAGGAAGGAAAAGAGCAGUCGCCUCUACAGUGGAGUGGAGCGGAGGAGUCUCUGUUCAGAGUUCUGCAUGGCACAUAUUACAACAAUUUCUGCUCUAUCGCACGACUCAUUGGCACCAAGAAAUGCAGAGAGGUAUAUCAGUUUGCAGUGAAAGAGGCGCUGAUUCACCAUGUUCCACUGGAGGAUGGUGGGAUCUCACCUCAGAAGAAAAAACGAAAGCACAGAUUAUGGGCAAAGAUACAGCUGAAGAAAGACAACUCAUCCAAUCAAGUAUACAAUUUUCAGCCAUGUGAUCACCCUGAGCACCCCUGUGAUAGUUCCUGUCCAUGUGUGAUGACCCAGAAUUUUUGCGAGAAAUUCUGCCAGUGUGAUCGUGAAUGUCAGAAUCGGUUUCCUGGCUGUCGCUGUAAGACUCAGUGUAACACUAAGCAGUGUCCGUGUUAUCUGGCAGUGCGUGAGUGUGAUCCCGACCUCUGCAUGACCUGUGGGGCCGCAGACCACUGGGACAGCAAACAGGUCUCCUGCAAGAACUGCAGCAUCCAGAGAGGACUCAAGAAGCACCUGCUCCUUGCCCCAUCUGAUGUUGCAGGGUGGGGUACAUUCAUCAAAGAGUCAGUCCAGAAGAACGAGUUGAUCUCUGAGUACUGUGGAGAGCUUAUCUCCCAGGAUGAGGCAGACAGGAGGGGCAGGAUCUAUGACAAGUACAUGUCCAGCUUUCUAUUCAACUUGAACAAUGACUUUGUAGUGGAUGCCACUCGAAAAGGGAAUAAAAUAAGAUUUGCCAACCACUCUGUAAACCCCAACUGUUAUGCAAAAGUCGUAAUGGUUAAUGGUGAUCAUCGCAUUGGAAUCUUUGCAAAGCGAGCCAUACAGCGUGGAGAGGAGCUCUUUUUUGAUUACAGGUACAGUCAAGCAGAUGCAUUGAAGUAUGUGGGUAUUGAGAGAGAUAUCGACAUUGUGUAGACAUGCUUUCAUUAUGAGGAUGUCUACAUCUUUUAUCUGGUAACAUUUUUUGCCUACUCGCUGAAAGUGGAAGAAAAAGUGGUUUCCUGCCUUCUGGGCAUUAUGAAUGCCCAUGAGGAGUGAUUUUGUAAUGCCAUACUUUUUUGAAUGACAUCACAGAGUCACUUGAUGAUGCAGUCCAAGGGUGAUGUCACUUCCUUGAUCCUCUGAUUUUACCUGUGGUUUGAUUGAAUUGUUUGAACAAGCAUUCUUGUUUACCAAAAGGUUGUAUCCUCAAAUGUACAAAUUCACAACUGCACUAAAUGGCCAAUACCACAGGACCUUGAUAGAGAUCAUGUGCAGAAGAAAAAAUUGAGCUUUAAGAGCUCAUGUGCUGAAGAAAAAAUGCCAGUUCAGACAAUUUUCAUACAUCAAUGAGGUUUUUUAAUCAAAUCUCUCCAUUAACAAGUCUCUGUAAACAGCUUUUGAACCGUAAAUAGUUAUAACCUCUAUAUGCUCGAUAUAUACUGUAACUACAAUCUGAACGCAUCACACACAAUUGUUGUUUUUGACCAAAAUAUUUAAUUGUGCUUUACAAUAUGCAAUAUUUCAAUGUUACAUUUGCACUUAUAGUAGUCAGUCAAGUCAAGCUGUUUUCUCUUUAGAACAAAGUUCAUUAUUUGCGCAUUGUUCAAUAUUCCCCUGCAACUUGGUGUAAUUUGAUGUUAGCCUGUUACUGUAAUGUGCAUUGAUCUGCAUCUUUCAAGGCUUUUUCAUUAUCUUUUCAGCCAUAGCAUCUGCCAAGUGUUCUAAAUGUAGUGUGGCUGGCAAAUAUUCUGGAAAAGUGUAUUUAGAUCUGUCUGUCUGUCUGUCUGUCUGUAUCUAAAUAUCUUAUCCUUCAUCAAAUGUAAGCAGCUUGUUGUAUUGCACAAAGCUGGCUAAUGAGGUCAGAGAUUAGCAUUCUAGAUAACAUAGCACUAACAUAGGCAGUUAAACUUCAUCUGUGCUUAAAUUGUAUAAGGUCAAAAAUUAUUAAUGUUCUGUAUUAAUAAAAAAAAACAAGUAACCAUUUAAACCGACGGACUGAAUGUGAACUGUGAGCUAAAGAGUAACUUAAAGAGCAUUGUUUAACAGGCUUUUUUAAGAAUAAAUUUACAAAAUAGGCCUAACAA